UGACAGUGACAACCCGACAUGUAGAACUUCAGAUCAUCAAAAAUCACAAAAAUGGCUUUUUGGGGUAAUUAUGGGAAACCUAGAAAAUUCUUGUUCACAACUUCGUUAAAAACAUCUUCAAUUGAAAAUUCAAAAACUCCCAGAUGGGUUGUUCAAAGUAUCAAUUUCAUUUAUAAUCAAAAAAAUCGACAUUACAGCACAAAUAACCCCCCCAAAUCACCAGUAAAAGGAAAAAUAGCCAUAAUAACUGGAGGCGCCAGAGGAAUCGGUUUGAGCAUAGCUGAACAGUUAUUGAAAGAAGAAGCAGACGCGGUAAUCUUAGGAGAUGUACUUAUCGAAGAGAUGGAAAAGGCGACUUUCACCCUUAACGAAAAAUACGGAGAGCACAAGGCUCUGUUUCAACCUACAGACGUAUCCCAAACCAAACAGAUGGAAAAGUUGUUCAAAUGCACCAAAGAAAGAUUUGGAAAAGUGGAUAUAUUAGUGAACAACGCAGGUAUAUUGAGCAAUCAAAGCUUUGAACAAAGUAUCAAUAUCAAUGUUAAAGGUUUAGUAUGUGGUACGUUCUUGGCGUUCCAGUACAUGUCAGGAAAAGGCGGCGUUAUUAUAAAUAAUGCCGGAUUGGAAGGGCUUCAGCCCCUCUACGCUUCUCCGGUGUAUUGUGGAACUAAUCAUUUCGUGAUAGGUUUUACCCGUUCCAUGGGUCAUGAUUACUUUUAUAACAGCACCAAAGUUAAGGUUAUGGCUUUUUGUCCCGGUCCUACAGAAACAGAACUUUUGAAAAAUGUUGGAAAGACUGGAGAUGAUCCGAUGUUUCCUAAUAUGGGUAGACAAUUACAGAAAUUUUACAGCCAACAACCUACCCAACCGACGACGUCUGUUGCUAAAGGUAUACUAUCGAUGCUUAAAGAUGGAGAAAAUGGAAGUAUUUGGAUAUCUAAGGCGUGCAGAUUUUAUAAAAUAAAUGUACCAGGUUUAGAUAAACUGAAAUCGAUAAAGGAACCGGAGAAAAAACAAUCAGUUAAUAAAAUUCCUUGUUCAGCAGACAAAACUGACAAAUGUACCAAGUCAAAAUCUGAAGUAACGCUCCCAAAGAAAUCUCUAGGGUUGGAUAAAAAUGAAAAGUGUACGAAAAGUAAAUCAGAAUCACAUUUGGAUACUAGUAAAAGCAAAUCAAAACAAAGGAGCACGAGUAAAUCAGGAAUAGGUGUCAAGGAUCGAAGUAUUGGAUUAAAAUCUGAGAAAGUUGCGAAACGAGUGGAAAAAUCAACAGCGGAAAAAGGAAAAUCCCGAGUAAAUAUAAAUAGAUCAGGAAUAGCAGGAAAAAUAUCUAACAUUUCUGUAAGAAAGAAUUUAAACAAAUCAGAUAAAACUGGAAAAUGUAAGGAUUGCAAAUCAGAGAAAAAACCAACGGUUAAUAAAGGGAAGCCAACACAAACUAGUAAAACGGCAUCGGGUACUUCAAUCAAACCUUCUACGAAAGAUAAGAAAGGGCCGCAAUCAGAUAAAACUGGAAAAUGUAAGGAAUGUAAAUCAGAGCAAAAACCACCAGCUAGUAAAGAGAAACCUAAACAAAGUAGUAAGACUGCAUCAGGUACUUCAAUUAAGACUUCUGCGAAAGAUAAAACAAGGUUGGAAUCAGAUAAAACUGGAAAAUGUAAAGAAUGCAAAUCAGAGCAAAAAUCACCAGCUAGUGACAGGAAACCCAAACAAGCUACUAAAACUGCAUCAGGUACUUCAAUUAAGGCUUCUACGAAAGAUAAGAAAGCGCCGCAGUCAGAUAAAACUGGAAAAUGUAAGGAAUGUAAAUCAGAGCAAAAACCACCAGCUAGUAAAGAGAAACCUAAACAAAGUAGUAAGACUGCAUCAGGUACUUCAAUUAAGACUUCUGCGAAAGAUAAAACAAGGUUGGAAUCAGAUAAAACUGGAAAAUGUAAAGAAUGCAAAUCAGAGCAAAAAUCACCAGCUAGUGACAGGAAACCCAAACAAGCUACUAAAACUGCAUCAGGUACUUCAAUUAAGGCUUCUACGAAAGAUAAGAAAGCGCCGCAGUCAGAUAAAACUGGAAAAUGUAAAGAAUGCAAAUCAGAGCAAAAACCACCAUCUAGUAAAGAGAAACCUAAACAAGCUACUAAAACAGCAUCAGGUACUUCAAUUAAGACUUCUGCGAAAGAUAAGAAAGGGCCGCAAUCAGAUAAAUCUGGAAAAUGUAAGAAAUGUAAAUCAGAGCAAAAACCACCAUCUAGUAAAGGGAAACCCAAACAAACUACUAAAACUGCAUCAGGUACUUCAAUUAAGGCUUCUACGAAAGAUAAGAAAGCGCCGCAGUCAGAUAAAACUGGAAAAUGUAAAGAAUGCAAAUCAGAGCAAAAACCACCAUCUAGUAAAGAGAAACCUAAACAAGCUACUAAAACAGCAUCGGGUACUUCAAUUAAGACUUCUGCGAAAGAUAAGAGAGGGUCGCAAUCAGAUAAAACUGGAAAACAGAAACAGAAAGUAGAACCAAAUAAAGGUAAAAUAAUUAAAAGUGAAUCGAAAGCGUCUGUAGGCAAGACUAGUGGACUCAAAUCAGAUAAAACUGAAAAGUGCAAAGAAUGUAAAUCAGAGCAAAAACCAUCGGACAAUAAAGGAAAAUCUACACGAACUAGUAAAAGCGCAUCUGAAACAACUAAAGUACCUAAAUCAGAUAAAAUUAGAACUUGUACGAAGUCUAAAUCAGAACAAAAAACACCAUCAAGUAAUAAGAAAACUGUAAAAAAGAGUACAAAAUCAUCUGCCUCGAAAAUUGCGAAACCGGUUCCUAGUAAACGAUCUACUGAUGAAGUCAAGAAGAAAUCCAAAACACCUAGUAAAGAAAUGAAGAUAGAUGUUCCGCAAUCGGCAAAAACAACUGACAAAAUGGAUUACAUCAAUUAUGUAUUUAAUAAAUCAUCGGGAUCGUCGAAGAAAGUGCAUGCCAAAAAAGAGAAAAGUCAAAAGAUGUCCAAGAAAACCUAUAAACAAUCUAUAACCUUUAGGCCAAAGAGAAAAGGAUCGAACAAGCAGCGCGAUAAACAGCUCUCCCAAAACAGAGAAGAAAAAUACGAUCCUUGUAAGAAGAAGAAGAGGAAACUAUCACUUAGUCGUUACAAAAAUUAUUGUGAAGAACCGGAAAAAAAUAAACAAUCGGCUAGUAAGGAACAACAAACUUGUGGACAAAUUAAACAUGAAAACAAAUCGAAUAGUGUUUCGAAAGAUCAGCCGUGUAAGAAGAAAGGUCCAUGUUAUCCAACCAAAAAGAUUCGCAAUAAAGGAGGAUCCAAUAAGAAGUCGAGUACCACAAAAAUCGAUAACCGAGCAUUGAAAUGCGGAGUACCAGAUUGUUCUAAAUCAAAAUCAGGCUCCACUGAAACUAAAUCAAAGAAAGUAAAAGAUUGUGCUGCAAAAACGGAACCGGCAGUUAGUAAACAAAUAUUGAAGCCUUUGAAAAAGAUACUACCGACUGCAGAUGAUCGACCAAUGGAAUGCGAAAUAUCGGCUUGUUCUGGAGGGAAAUCGGAUGCUAAAUCAGAGAAAGUAACGGAGUGUGGCAAAAAAUUAGAUUCAAAAUCAAAACCAUUAAAAAAAUUAGAAUCAAGAUAUGAUGUUGAACAAUCAAAUCAAAAAUUAGGUGUAAAAAUAAAACCAAUCGUCAAAGCAAGGUCUAACGAUAUCGAAAUUAAAAAGGGACAAAAAGAUACCGAAAAAUUGAUAACAUCAAUAAAGAAGCAAAUAUCUAGUGACACUGAGUUGUAUAAGAUAACAAAGGAUAUUAAAAAAGUAGAUACUAGCAGAAUAAAUAAAAAAAAAAUAACUAAAGACACGGAGAAAUUGGAUUCAAUGAAAAAAUUAGAAUCUAGGAACAUGAAGGCUAAUGAUAAAGUAAUAGAUUAUAGUGAGAAAUUAGAUUCAGAAUUUAUGAAAGCAAGACCAAGUGAAAUUACACCCAGAAAAGUACAAGAUUCUGAUGUGAAUUUAGCCAAAAAUAUACUAAAAGAAGAACGCACGAACGAAGUCAACGAAAUAGAAACAUUUAUUAUCGUCCAACCUAACAAAAACAAAAAACCUGGUACUAAAUCCGACACUAUGGUGUCCAUUUUUAAAGAAGAUGGUAGAAAAACUGUAUGGGUUCCCGAACCAUCUGAGACAUUCGUUGUAAAAGUUACGGCAAAAUCAAAACCACUUAAAUCGUCGACUAAAAUGAAUUCGGAUAAGAAAAAAGAUCCGAACAAAAAAACUUUUUGCAGCCAGGAUAGUAAAACUAAAAGACCUACUCCUUGUAACAAUCCUAACUUUCCUAAGAAAUUUGCGUGUCCUAGAAUCAAACUAUGCACGAAAAAAGAAAAGAAAAAGUCAGUGCCUAAAAUUGAUUUUAAAAAAUUGAAAUUAGAAAAAUUGAGGAAGCUAGCAAGAAAACUGGAAGCAGCUGGAGAGAAUGAUGAGAAGCUGAAUAUCAAAAAGAAAGAUUCUAAAGAGCUAGAUGGAAGUAAACGUGACGAAAGUAGCGAUAAAGUUGACAGUAAUAAACCUCCAAGUGAAAAAUAAUUUUGAAAUACAAAAUACAAUGAAGAAAACCCAAAAAUUGAGGUUUGAGGUUUGUCAAAAAUAUUUGUAAAUGUAAAAUAAAGUCCGAUAUAUUUAAAA